AUGGCUGAAUCGUACAAUUGUUUACGUCUAGAUAAUGGUUACGUUUUCCAGGUGGAAGUUUACAAAAAUGAAAAUGACAAUGACGAUAAAAAAUUCUUUGAAAUUGAUGGUAAAAAAAUUUUACUCGAAGAACUAAAAGUUGGUCAACUUGCGAAUCUUAUAAAACAUAAUGGAAUGUUUGAAGGUUCUGACAUGCUAAAUCUUUGGCAAGUUGACGUCGACGAAAAUAUGUUUAACCAUAAUUUUACUGAAGAGGAUAUUAAAAACCUUGGAGGUGUGAUUAUGAAAAAUCAAAGCAAGUUUAUAAAAUAUUUUCAAGAUGGAUAUAAACCUAAGGAGGAAGAUAACAUCAGCAUCGUUGCUGUCAUCGCAACUACCACCACUGAACUAGGAAGAAAAAGACCUUUAACGGAAGAAGAAACUACAACAGGGAGAAGAUGGGCAGUUAAUAGUGCUCUCUUCCAAGAGGAGAGUGAAUGGAUCUACUAUGCCGAACCAGAGGGAAAUGAAUCGCUUCUUAAGAUGAUUAAGUUACGUGAAUAUGUGGCGUUAUAUGGUGCACGGGCAUCCGGAAAGUCUACACGGGUGCAACAUAUAAGGAAACCGUUAAAGGAUAAUGGCUUUGUUUGCAUUUAUGUAAGUUUUGAACAUAUUAACAUAAAAACUGAGGAAAGUUUUUGGAGGACGUUAGGGGCUGCUAUCAAGCGAGAUGCUCGUAGAAACAUUAAUUUCAAAUCUGCAAGUGUUUUCGGGUCUUAUAGUGAUUUGAGAAUAAAUUCCAGUACUGAUUUUCUUGAAAUAUUUGAAAAAGACAAUUGGAAUAAUAAUGUUGUUCUCUUCAUUGACGAGUUCGAUAAACUGUAUGAUGCGGAUGAAGAUGUCAAGUCCUCGUGUCUGGAAACAUUUCGUGGCAUGAAAAACUCAAAAUAUAACUAUGCUAUGAAAAUGACUACGUCACCCUUUAAUGUUAAUGAGCCAUACCGAAACCCAAAUUUCACGCUGGAUCAAGUGCAGUUCCUAUAUAAUGAAUUUGCGAAUGAUUUCAAUUUCAUCAUUGAUCCAGAGAUCAUUGAAGAUAUCUACAGACGGACAAGCGGGCAUGCCGGCCUUGUCUGCCUUUGCGGACGUUCUAUCCAGAAUAAUUUAAUUAAGGACAUUAACGACGAAGAUAAGAAGCUUAACUUUUCAAUCUGGUCGAAAUUUGCUUUAUCGCUAUUGCAAGUGGAGAUACUUGGAUAUUCUACCUUUAAUAAGAUGAUCGAUUCGCUUAAAAAAGAGGACGCCAAGUCUGCUGUUGGUCUUCUUCGAUCUAAAUUCCUAGGAUUCCUCGAUUAUGUGCAGAUCUAUGAUGAAAAAGAACGAAACCUAAUACAAUUCUUGGUAGCUGAGAGUGCGUUAAUCAGGAAUGAAAAGACCAAGAAUGAGUUUAAAAUGUCAUCUGCUCUUGUAGAUGAGCUGAUUCGGCGACGAGUUAUUCCUGAAGUAUACAUGACUUCCCCGGUAGAUGCAAUUCCCAAAAAAGAUGAUGAUUCUCUGGAUAUUCUCAAAAUUUUGCAGAAUGCUGUCCAGUUCUUCGAUAAGGACAUCAUUACUAAUGCAUUCGGAAGGUCAUUUAAAUCUUCACGUGAAUUGUAUGUGAAUGGUCUAAAAAAGAAAUGUGUUCCUAGGGAAAGCGUGUACGACACAGAGCUGAACAGGAUUCUGGUUAACUGGCUAGUUAAGAGGGCUGGCUUCGAGGUCACUGGACAGUGGCAUCUGAUUGAAGAUGUUGAGGACGCAUAUAGCGAUAUAGUAAUUACAACGAAGCGUCAAAAAAUUGUUCUCGAGCUUUUGGCCACUACAACAAGAAAUGAACUCAAUGAACACUUUGAUAGGGUGCUUAAGUAUGCUAAAGAACUAUCUGCAGAUGAUAUUUGGGUAGUAAACUUUACAUGUGAAGACGGUUAUGGAGUUCAGAAAACUAAGAAUAGACCUCAUUGGCCACCUGAUGAUAAUGAUAGAAUUAAUGUUAUACACUUUUUUCAUGACCAUCUGUUUGAAUAUGUACUAAUGAAUGCCCGAUAUGUAGAUAGCUCUAAUAACAACUUUAAGUAUAUUAUAGAUCGUACUAUAUCGUUACAAUCUUAG